AUGUCGCAACUAGACGAUCUAGAAAAUCGAGAUUUGGCUGAAGAAAUCGAAGCCAUCAAUGCCAUUUACGAGCCCGAUACCAUCACGCUAGAUCGGGCGGUUGCAUCGUCCGCCCCGAGCAGCACUCUUGACUUGGGGAGUGCCGGGCCAUCCAAUGAGGAUGUGCGAACCACAAUAACACUUCAGCUUCCUGGCCAACCUCAUCUCGCUUUUAUAAUUGGGUUCGGUGUGACCUACCCGGAGACUCGACCUGCGAUCCUUGGGACCGCAUCGACGGCUGCGCGCGGGGAAGGGAAAAUCGCCGUGGAUGUAUUAGAAGAUAUCGUGCAACGGACUUGGCAACCUGGUGCUGUGUGUUUAUUUGAUGUGAUUAGUGAAGCGGUCGAAGUGUUCCCUGAAUUGAGUAUUGGUGGAAGCAAAGACAGCGAGCAGACUAGAGCUACGGAUUCAACACCUACCAAUGGAUCAUCUCCCAGUCAAACAACAAAAGCCGAUGACUCGAGCGCAGCAACUAUACAGGUGACCGAGAACUUCGGAUCUCUUUCGUUGCAAGAUGCAUUUGGACUUGACAGCCCACCGGAUUGGAUUCUCUCCGAUGUUGUGACUGAAAAGAAAUCCGUGUUUCUAGCCCGGGCAGCACGAGUGUCGAGCCUUGCACAGGCACAAUCUUACCUGGACCAUCUCACUGCUACCGAUAAAAAAGUCGCAGUGGCAACGCACAAUAUAAGCGCAUGGCGAAUAAAGCAGAAGAAGGAUGUUCCUGCAGGCGCAGAUGCAGCCGAAACGCAAAUCCAGGAUUACGAUGAUGAUGGGGAGACCGCGGCCGGGGGCCGCUUGCUUCAUGUUAUGCAACUAAUGGAUGUGUGGAAUGUCCUCGUUGUGGUCUCGCGCUGGUAUGGAGGAAUUCACCUAGGACCGGCGAGAUUUCGACUUAUCAAUGACGUUGGCCGCGAUGCCUUGGUCAAAGGUGGUUUCGUCCGCGAAGAAAACCCUGGUCCUGAAAAGGGGAAGAAGAAGGGCAAGAAAUGA